CCCAGAAAGAAAACAGACAUUUUGGGGUUAGCUGAGGCACUGAUCGAGACCUCCUCCUGCUAAACUAUCCUCUCCUUCACAACAUUUACACGUGCGUUUCAACUCUCUGUCGUUACCGAUAAAUAAUUAUAAAGUUAAAGAAUAUAGUUAUUUACGGUGGGAAACUCGUGGUCACACGUUAGCCACCUGGUUGCUAAGUGCUAAGCUAGCUGCAGUGUUUGUAGCUCACCAGCUUCACCGAGGUUUGGCUGUGAUGGCUGACUUCAGCAGCUGGGUCACGCCGUUGGCUGACGGCCCGGCGGUCCGAGUCGUGUCUGCAGGGAAAGCGUCGUCGUCCUCCAUCAGGCCGGGAAACGGAAGCUGGGGCGCCGCCGGCGGGAUGGACCAGAUAACCGUGGUGAGGAUAGACGACACGCACAUCGCCGAGGAGCGGUCGGUGAAAGCUACGGCGGCAGCAUGCUACGAGGUGGAGUACUCGAUGCCCACCGAGGAGGAGGAGGCGGAAGAAGAGGAGGACGGCGUUUACGUCAUCGAGUAUUCAAAUCCCGAAGAAGAGGGCGAGAGCUACCAGUUCAUGAUGUCCGUGGACCGGUCGCUCCCGGCGCUCAAACAUCCCGCGGUGAGCGAGAAUGCAACGGCUCCUCCUCUUCCUCCUUCUCCUCUUGCCAAACUGUCCCAGAGGCCGAGGCAGAAGAGGAAGCCGACGGCUGAGGAGGAGGCGAGGAGGAGGAAGCAGCAGCAGCAGUUCGUGAGCAACAAGUGUGUGCUGGAGCUCGGCGAGGACUACCGGGACGCCAUGGACAUGAGCUCGGACAGAGAGCAGCUGGUGUGCACGCUAUGCCCGCCGCCUGGCCGCUCCUUCAAGAGGGCCUCCGGUCUGGCCGUCCACCUGAAACACAUGCACCUCCUGGAGGGGAACAAGAAGUUCUUCUGCACGACCUGCAAGCAGCCAGUCCGCACGCAGAUCGAGCUGGACGCCCACACCAAGAGGCACGCCAACCAGAGCGCCGUGUUCUCCUGCCUCCUCUGCCCGGAGACGGCGGGGUACAGAGGGUCCCGGCAGGGUCUGAGGAGACACCUGGAGCAGGAACACCCGGGCGUCGUCCCGCGCUGCCACGUCUGCAACAAGGGCUUCACCUCGCUGGUGUCCUACCUGGCCGACCAGUUCCGGCACGUCGGCGUGUCGCCCUACUUCUGCGCCCGUUGUCAGAUCUACGAGAUGACGGAGAGGGGGCUGAACGUGCACAUCAGGAACCACGACAAGAAGAAGAAGGAGCUGCAGCAGCAGGAGUCAUCGACUGGGAACCUCCCGCUGACGUUUGGAGGAGGAGCCAACGCCGACAACUCGGCCACAGACGACUCCGACUUCUGACACGCUUUGUUUUUAGGAUGGACGCAGCGAGCCUCCUCUUUGUCACACCCGUCUGACAUUUAUGCAUCUUCGGCUGCUCUGAACUGAACUUCUCAUUUCUAGAUUGGCCUCAAGUCGUUUGUAACUUGUACAGUUUGAUGGAUUCUUCUGUUCACGGUGUUCUCGGAUACUUCUUUUCACAACCCGGUCUUUAAAGGAAGAGUUCGAUAUUUCAGAUCUCCGUUUAUGAGUCACAUAAUAAGAUCAACACCACUCUCAGAUACUUACUUAUGUUGAUGUAUUACCAGAAAAUAGUAAAAACUUUGUCUUAAAAUGUUUUGUUUUUACGAGCAGCAGGUGAGAAGAUAUUCAGUUUAUAACAAACCGCUAAAUUAAAGCUGAAUCCAGAUGUUUGGGAUGUUUUGGUUGAAAUGCUCGAAUGUAAAAUAAGACCCAGGUUGUAAAAGAAGUGGGUGUUAACACUGUAUUUGUUCUUCUUCGUUGGUGUCUGAGUCGAUGCAUGCGUGUGUAAAUAUUUACUCAGCUGAGGGAGUAACUCAUCCUGCUGCUUCUCCAAACACUUUAUUCUGACUUCCUGUCCACGGCCGUCCUCACUCAACACGUUUCAUGUAAUAUGAAUAUUAUUAAGGAUCAUCAGCCUCCAUUAAGUGGUUAAAUGUGGAGGGGGGGGAACAAAAAUGGACGCCAAAGUCGCCCUUUUUAAAGUUUGAAUGAGUUUUAUUUUUAACGUUUUAAAGCAUCAAUCAGUGAACAUGUAACGAUGUGGUGCGUUCAGGGGCUCCUGGGAAACUCUGAUGUCUGGGUUUUUAUUUUCAAAGCAACAGAACUCAUAACUUUGAUGCUUCCUGCAGUCAGACUUUAGACGUUUGAUGCUUUUUAUAAACCAUAUGUUGUAAUUAGUCCUCGAUUCUCACUGCAGCGACACAAAGACGACUUCAAAUAAGAGCUAAUCAUUGUGAGGAUUUAAAUGAUUAAAAAAAGAACGUUUAUGAUUUGCAGUAAACUGGAUAGAGAAUAAAACACGUGAUGAUCAGGUGAUUGUAUCUUUCUUUUUGCACGUAAACAUUUUCUCUUAAAUUGUCGUCUUUUCCUUCUGGAGGUUGUUGAAACUGUUCCGGAGCUUUCGAUCGGAUCACAUGGUCUUCAGUUCACUCAACGACAGCUGGACAAACUCCGCCCACUGAAGAAGAUCAUGUGACGUGAUCGAAAGCUCCAGAACAUCAACAGACAAUAAACUUUAGUGAGAUUAUUUUGUCAAAUCCUAAAAUCUAAAUCUGAUGUAAAAAGUUUACUCAGAAAAUAUUUAGAAGUUUGAUUAAAUAAUUUAAAUCUACAUUUAAAUAUAUUUUCAAAUGUUUGAAAGAUAAUUUAAGUUUAUGAAGUAAAAAUACCAAAAGUUUGAAGAUACCACUUUAGAUUGAAAGUGAUUUUAAAAUGAAUUAAAAAAUACAAAUUUAAUUAUUAAAUAACGAUGAAAAUAAACAUUUUGUCCGGUGACGUCGGUGAGAACUUGUGACUCAAUUUCUUACAAUUUCAGUGAUUUUUCUUUCUCAGAUUGUUUCAUUUGAAGGAUUUUUUAAAGGUGAAUGUUUCCAGUAUUUCCCCCCAAAAAAACGAAUUAUUUUAUUUUUACAGUUUUGUGUAACAGAAAUAUAAAUGUUUCUUCUCCCCGACAUCAUCUUCUGACCCUCAGAUUUACAUUUGGACCCCAUUCGGGGCCUCAACCCACAGAUUUGGCACCAUUGAGGUCUCGUGUUUAAAAACACUAAAAUAAACUACGUUUGGUGCCGAAACACGAGAUGAAAAUAUUAUGAAAUCUUUGUAACGUAUUUUGUUCUUUGUUGUAGAGAUUUAAUUUCUUUGUGUGUUUUUAAUAUUCUGACAUCAUUAAAGAGGGAAAUACCACAGAUUUAUGUUUGUGUUGUUUUACUCACCAGUAUUCAGGUUUAAUACUGAAUAUAUAUAUUUAUAUAUUCAUACUGAGGUCUUCUGGACUGUUUGAUAAAGAAACAUUAAAGAAAGUUUACAUUUUAAUCUAAAAACGGCUCAUUUUUGUUGUUUCUAUGAUGCUGAAAUAUCUCUUCCCUCAUCAGUCUACAGUCAAAAACCUAAAAUAUCAAAUUCAUAAAGUAUUCAGAUCUUUAACUCCGGCAGAGAUUAAAGUAUCGAGUCUUCUCGGUUGUUGCACACCUGGAUCUGGAGGGUCUCUGGUCUCAGGUCUCUGGUCUCUCACUGAGGAGACGUCUGGACACCAAAGACGAGGUGUGGGGCGUCCUGUCUGUUGAGGGUGUAUUUGGGCAGCUGGUCUCGGUGCGUCACCCACGGGUGUCGGAGGACCUGACCCGCCGUCAGCCUCCGGUGGGGGUCCACGUGGAGCAUCUUGGACACCAGGUCCUGAGUGGGGUCAGAGGUCACGCUUUUUUUACAGAUUUGUGUAUCAUA